AUGGGAGCGUCCAGCAACGUCUUUGUCUGGCUUAUGCCCCGCCCCCUGCCCGCGGACGGCUCUGUGUCCCAGCCUGGCCACCCCCGCUGUCCUCAGAGCUUCGGCUUCAACGUCACUCCUCGGGGUGGCUCCCUGAAGCCCAAACCGUUCCAGAACGCCCAGAACACGUGGCUCCAGAGCAAGCCCGUGGCUGCGGCCCGCUGUGAGGAGCUGGAAAGGAAGGGUGUUGCUGGCAGUGACCUUGGAGCGACAAGCCGCUUUUCUGGGGUCAUCACAGCGACCAGCUGCAGCCCACCCCGACUGAGGGUCCUCCGGCCGCCCCACGGCCCUGCGUCCGCGGCCCCCGCCCGUGGUCGCGGCAAAGACGGCGAGUCCCAAAUCAGCGUCGCGUUGAGCAAACAGCAUCGCUCCCCUCCCCGUGGGGCCCUGCCGGCCGAGGUGGAGCGUGAAGUCACCAAGGCCCAGCGGGCGAAGACCAAGGUGGGCGCCUUCCGAACGAACCCUGACCGGACGCGGGAGAGGACAAAGAUCCCCUUGGCCCGGCCCGAGGCGCUCCUCGCGGGCCUCCCGGGCCGAGCAUGCCCGCGGGUGGACGGCUCCAGGCUGGAGGAGGACCCUGGAACCGAGGAGAAGACGUUCAAGAGAUUCGCCCCCAGGAAAGGAGACAACAUAUACAAAGACUUUUAAAAAAAUCCUUUUUUGUUUUUCACUCAAGAGGCUUACAGACCUUGGAAAUUCGCGUGCGAAGCCAUCACAGAGGAGUCUGAAGACGAAAUACCCUCCCUUCUCGCCCGGGAGGCACGCUACCUGGCUGACAAGCUGAGCACUGAGAAGUCAGAUCACUUCCCUUUAUGUCUCGCAAUCACACGGGCGCGCAGGAGGGCCCCUCACAGGCUUCUCAGGACGUCAGCGCCGCUGACCUCGGGGGUUGAGAGCUGUUUCGAGUGUGCUUCCUGGCGACGUGCUCUACGGGCCCCUGUGAAGGGAUCUGUCCCCAUCUGGCUGGCCAGCACAUUCGAGCCUUCAAAAUAUUACGAUUCCAAGACGCACGCCCUGCACACAAGCCGACAAACGGGGGCCGGCAGAGGCAGCGCGUCGCGUGUGGAAUGCUCGGACGAUGGCGCUGGGAUUUAAAAAUCAGCACAGUGGGAGCCUCGGAGGCGGCGCAGGCAAAGAAAUACCAGCAAGUUCAUUCGAUUUUCCUCAUGAAAUAUUUCGGGGCACAUAGCCCAGGCUUCUCCGGAUCUCCAUUUUAAGGCCUUGACGUCACCUUGAUGUUCUAAAACCUUCAUAAGACACAAGGUGGCAAUGGAAUAUGAGAAAAAGCUGCUCUUGGAUGGGGUGUUGUGGCCUGUUUCAAAAUUGGAUACAAAUCUGCGAGCUAAUCUUAGACCUCGACGCCCGCUGCACGGCAUAUGGCACAGCUCCCUGCCAGGGCGCAAUGAGCUAUGUCAAAUGUCACAACAAAAAGAUACCUGUUCGAGGCAAGUGUGUUUUCA